AUGGCAAAGUGGUACAAUGUUGCUUUUCUACUUCUAUGUUGGUUCAUCUGUUUCUCAGGGCUUGGAUUCGUACAAAGAGCUGAAGCGCUUGGCAUCAACUACGGCCAACUCGGGGACAAUUUGCUUCAACCACAACAAGUCGUGAGCCUCUUAAAGUCCAACAACAUCACAGAAGCAAGGAUUUACGACACCAACCCUCAAAUUCUAUCUGCUUUCGCAAAUUCAGAUAUUGAGCUCAUUGUUACAGUGGAAAACGACAUGUUAAACCAAAUGACCAACUCCGAAGCGGCGGUACAAUGGGUGGUUACACGCAUCAAGCCUUACAUUCCAGCAACAAAAAUCACAGGCAUUAUGCUAGGGAACGAGGUCGAUGCCACAGAUUUGCUACCUAGCCUUGUACCAGCCAUGUCCAACAUCCAGAGGGCAUUGUCUCAGUUAGGCUAUGAUUCACACAUCAAGGUGUCAUCCCCCUUUUCUUAUGCUGUGAUGGGAGAGUCGUAUCCACCUUCUGCCGCUAGUUUCAAACCCGAGGUCUCCCAUGUAAUGACGCAAUUAUUAGAGCUUUUAUCAACCACGAAGACACCGUUUUGGAUUAAUGCAUAUCCUUACUUUGCGUACAGAGACAACUCCAAAGAUAUUUCUCUAGAAUAUGCCCUAUUAGACAAUGUCAAUUCGUCAGCAGGAGUAACCGACCCUAGUAGCAAUUUGCACUAUGACAAUUUGUUGUAUGCUCAAGUAGAUGCAGUCAAUUAUGCCAUUCAAGCUUUAGGGUUUUAUGAUAUAGAAGUUAAGGUCGCCGAAACAGGAUGGCCGUCAAAAGGGAAUGAUGAUGAAAUUGGUGCAAGUAUGGAGAAUGCUGCAACAUACAAUGGUAACUUGUUGAAGAGGCAAUCGGCUAAGGAAGGUACACCUUUGAAGUCUAGCCUUGACGUCUAUAUUUUUGCUCUUUUCAACGAGAACAAGAAGCAGGGACCAACUUCAGAGAGGAAUUUUGGUCUAUUUAACCCUGAUGGAAGUGUAGCUUAUGAUGUGGGCUUGUCUGGAUUAUCAUCUGCCACAAGCACAAGCUCAAGUCCACUCAGCUUAGCUGUUACUGGUACAAUUACAAACUAAUAAACACAGUUAUAUGGAAAGAGCUAACCAAGAAAAUGCAUGCUAUAUAACAAAACUAAAAAAUAUACAUGCCACAAUGGAACUCUGGAGUCUCAACUCGAAAAGACUACGCUAAAUUGACUUGCUCUAACUGACUAAUUGGAUGGAAAAUAUUAUCAGAAUUAUAAGAGCCACCGACAUUUUAUAAG